CGUAGGGAAAUUUUCGAAGUGGCAAGAUGGCUACCGAACCAAACAAGACUGAAAUUCUUACAAUUUUCAAACGACUGAGAUCCAUUCCUACAAACAAGGUGUGUUUUGACUGCUCUGUGAAAAACCCUAGUUGGGCCAGUAUUCCAUAUGGUGUCUUCUUGUGCAUUGACUGCUCUGGAAUCCACCGCUCCCUCGGAGUGCACCUCAGCUUCAUCAGAUCCACUGAGUUAGAUUCCAACUGGAACUGGUUUCAGCUUAGAUGUAUGCAGGUUGGCGGCAAUGCCAAUGCAACUGCAUUUUUCCGCCAGCAUGGCUGCUCCACAAACGACACCAAUGCCAAGUAUAAUAGCCGUGCCGCACAAAUGUACAGGGAGAAAAUUCGACAGCAAGCAAACUCUGCACUGUCCAAGUAUGGAACAGAUCUAUGGAUUGACUCCUCUGGGGGAGGCACUGCAGCAGCUCCUGAGAAGAAAGAACCAGAUUUUUUUGCAGAGCAGACACUGUCUGCUAAUGACUGGAGCAUGACGGCAGCCUUGGAGCUGGAGCAGAAUGGAGCCUCUGUGGCCAUGCAGCUGAGGGACACGAUGACCAAAAGCCAAGAUGACAACCAGCCAGAGGAAGGACCGAGCAUCGAUGGUUUGAGCACAUCACCCAAAGCCACUACGGAGGUUAAGCCAUCCAUUAUUGGGAAGAAGAAACCAAUGGCUGUCAAAAAAGGGCUGGGGGCAAAGAAGGGCCUCGGCGCCCAGAAGGUGAGCAGCAAGAAUUUUACGGAGGUGGAGAAACGGGCUCAAGUGGCUGAGAAGCUACGAGAGGAGCAGGCAGCUGAGGCAAAGAAACAAGCAGAGGAGUCCAUUGUGGCUUCGAUGCGUUUGGCAUACAAAGAGCUGGAGAUUGACAGGAAGCUUGAGGAAAAUAAGAUGAAGAACCUGGAGGGCAAGAAGAGGGAGCAGGCCGAGAGACUGGGCAUGGGUUUCGGGAACAGGAGUGCUGUGUCACAUUCAGUGAUGUCUGAGAUGCAGGUCAUCGAGCAGGAAACACCAGUGGGAGCCAAGACCUCGACUCGUUCCAAACUGGAUAUGUUUGAUGAGUCUGGUUUCACCUCUGGACCCCCUAAAUAUAAGGACAACCCGUUCACAGUGGGUGACAGUUUUGGAUCUCGCUGGGAUACAGAGGGAGGAACUGCCUCCUUUAGCACCUCAUGGGCACUAGAGAAAGAGGAACCCAAAGAUGAAGUCACUAUCUCCAGUAUUCAGCCAAUAGGAGAGAGACUUCCUAGCAGAAGAAAAGCUGAAGUGUCCGCCCCACUGUCGGAGUCGAGCGAGGCCAGGCAGAAGUUUGCUAAUGCAAAGGCCAUCUCUUCAGACAUGUUCUUUGGCCGUGAAUGCAACGCUGAGUAUGAAGCAAAGACCCGACUGGAGGGCAUGUCUGGAAGCACGGCCAUCAGUUCAGCUGACCUGUUUGGCGAUGGCAGUGACCAUAAAGGGCGGUCAUCGGGCUUUGACAGCGUCCUUCCCGCUGGUCCGGACAUCACCCAGUUCAAACAAGGAGUGAAGACUGUAGCAGGCAAGAUGGCUGUCCUUGCCAAUGGUGUCAUGAAUACCAUCCAGGAUCGAUAUGGCGCCUACUGAGCUGAGCAGCCUCGAGGGACUUGCAUCUGUGCUAAGAAAAACUCCAAACGAUGCCUCGAGGAGAUGAGUGGCCCCGAUUGACGGGUCCAUUUGGGCAAGGAUGAAAUGAGAGAGAAGGGAAGCAGAAGGCAUUGCAUGAAGAAAUAAAAUCUUCCUUCUCACGCCUGAGCUUUUUAGAGACUGUUGCUGGAGUGAAUCAGUAUUUUGCUCUCUCAACAUUUGAGUUUUUAUUUUCAUAAAGCAAACCAUGUGUGGUUGUAGUGUAUCUGAAACAACAGUUGUAUCUACAGUUGAAAAUUUUUUCGGCUCUUAAGAUUUUCAAAUUUUGUCAAAGAGUUAAUUCUAUAUUUUCUUCAGUCUCUGAUCAAUGUUAUGAAAUACUUCCAUGUUUUGUCUUCUUUUUGUCAUUGUGAUACUAAAUAAAAGGUGCAGCAGUAUAUGUUUAGCAUCACUUUGAACUCAAUGUUUGCAUUCAGUGUUCAGGUCACUGCUGCACACAACAAGUGUUGGUCAUUUUACACAGAGCACUGAAUGCUGACGAUCUCCAGAAUCUGUGAGCUUGGACUUGUACAUUUCUGUCUGAUCAUUAAAAGUCUGAUAUCCUUAUGUCUUCUUUUA